UCCUGGGCUGUUUGAGGUAAACCUACACGGUCGCACCAGUCUCGUUAAUACAUGGCGGAGUGAAAAUCAACUGUACAUAUACAUGUUUGUCACCAAUGUCCGAAACAUGCAGCCGCCGCGAACAGCGCGAAGCUAACGCCUGGAGGGGCUACGGUAGCUGAAGUACAACCCGGGAAGAACUUAUCGUCUCGAUGGCUGUGAAAAGUUAACGCACAGACGGCUGAAAAACAGGAAUAAUUCCCCUUCAACCGACUUGAGCCACUCUCACUCUCCUGGCUCCAUGGCAGCAGCAGUGCGAGGCAGCGAGUGGUCAUGUGGACGCUGCACCUUCUUAAAUGCCGGCGCAGCACCUCGCUGUUCCAUUUGCGAGGCACCACGCCAGAAACCUGACCUUAACCAGAUCCUGCGGCUGAGCAGCACUGAGGAGCAUCGCUGGGCCUGCCCUCGCUGUACCCUCAACAACCCCCAGGGAUCUGGUGCCUGCUCUGUCUGCGGCUUUGGACCAUCCCCUGCCACUCACACACCCCCUACCACCACCAUAGCCGCCACUGCCAACGGCCUCCCGUCUGCUCCGACCGAACCUCCAACACCCACUCUCACCCCCACAGUUCUGCUUGAGCCCCAUGGACAGCAUCCAGCUAAAGAGGAAGUGCUGCGGCGGUCUGAGAGCAAUGGAGAGGUGGGCGGCCUGGAGGGGCAGCACUCGGGCUGGGCCUGCCCUCGCUGCACACUCCACAACACACCUGUGGCUCUGUCAUGCUCAGCCUGUGGUGGGCCCAGGAAACUGUCUUUACCUAAAAUCCCCCCUGAGGCACUGGUGGUGCCUGAAGUGCGCACGCCUGUGCUGGGAUUUCCUGUUCACACAGCAGGGGCUGCCCCAUUACUCAUAGACCUAACAGAUGAUUCUCCACCAGCCCCUCCCUGUGAUCCUCAAGAACCUCCACAUGUCCCCUCACAGUCCCUUUCCUCCCCUUUUACCUCAUUCUCUUCCCUCCAGAAUAACCCUGUGCCUCGCAGCAGGAGAGAGGUGCCACCUCCAGGACGGCCACCAAACGCAGGCACCAACACACCCAGUCCCACUUCGCCUUCAACGGCCAGUGUGCCACCCCAGCCAGGCCCCCAGCGGCCAGCCAAGCCCAAACAUGCCCAGCCCCAGGAACCUUCAUACCCCAGCAAGCGCCUCAGUAUCUUGGAGGAAGAAGACCCUCAACACCACCCACUGACCCCCCACCUCCCUGUUGCUUCCUCAGCUGCCCCCACCUGGAAGUGCCCUAGCUGCUCAUUACCCAACCCAGGUAGCUCAUCUAAGUGCGAGGCCUGCAGAUCGUCGCGGGCCGGUGCUGACCUCAUUGACCUUGUUGGCUGUGAGACGGUACGAUUCACCCCAGCCAGCCCCUCCAGCCCAGACUUUAGCACCUGGGCCUGCUCCAAGUGCACCCUGCGCAACCCUACAGGUGUACCUAAGUGCUCAGCCUGUGGUUCUUCCAAGCUGCAUGGCUUUCAGGAGCAGCAGGCGCCCCUACCCCGCUGCUGUACACACUGUGGCCUCCCGUUGGCGUCUGGCACCUCAUCAUGCUCCUGUACACCUUCCUCUUCUUCGUCCUCCUCGGGUCAUAAAACACGGAAACAGGCCCGGGGUUUCCCUUCCUCCUCCUCUGCUAUUGCUUCUUCCAAUUCCUCUUCAUCCUCAACCUCAUCGAGCCUUCAAGAGAAGGUAGGACAGUGGAGCUGCCCAGCAUGUACGCUGCUCAAUGACAUCAAGGCCAAGAACUGUGCAGCAUGCCACACGCCACAGCAGUACCUCACCCUUCGCAAAGUGGUGAAGCCCCUGAAGAGGAGGGAGAGCAUGCAUGUUGAGGCCCGUCGACGAAAUGAUGAGGGCGAAGCCAAGGAGCUCUGGGAGAACAUAGUCAGCUUCUGCAGAGAGAACUCUGUGAACUUUGUGGACGACAGUUUCCCCCCGGGACCUCGCUCCGUGGGCUUCCCAGAGGGCGACAGUGUCCAGCAGAGAAUCAAAAAGUGGCUGCGCCCCCACGAGAUCAACUGCAGCAACUUCAAAGACAGAGGCGUCAAGUGGUCCGUCUUCCGCACGCCGCGGCCCUCUGACAUCCUGCAAGGCCUGCUCGGAAACUGCUGGUUCCUGAGUGCGCUGGCGGUGCUGGCGGAGCGUCCAGAGCUUGUGGAGAGGGUGAUGAUCACCAGGACCAUCUGCCCAGAGGGGGCCUACCAGGUUCGGCUAUGUAAAGACGGGACGUGGACGACGGUGCUGGUUGACGACAUGCUGCCCUGCGAUGAUUAUGGCUACCUCCUCUUCUCCCAGGCCCAGAGGAAGCAGCUGUGGGUGGCAUUGAUUGAGAAGGCCCUGGCCAAACUCCAUGGCUCCUACUUCGCCCUGCAGGCAGGGCGCGCCAUCGAGGGCCUGGCCACGCUGACGGGGGCUCCCUGCGACUCCCUCAUGCUCCAGGUCAGCUCCACCAACCCCCGGGAGGAGCCGAUCGAUACAGACCUCAUCUGGGCCAAGAUGCUCAGCUCCAAGGAGGCGGGGUUUCUGAUGGGUGCAUCUUGUGGAGGAGGCAACAUGAAGGUAGACGAUGUUGUUUACGAGUCUCUGGGUCUGCGGCCUAGACAUGCAUAUUCCAUCUUGGACGUGCGAGAUGUGCAGGGUUACAGGUUGUUGCGGCUGCGUAACCCAUGGGGUCGCUUCUCGUGGAACGGCAGCUGGUCGGACGAGUGGACAGACUGGCCGCAGCACCUGCGUCAUGAGCUGAUGGCUCACGGCAGCAGUGAGGGGGUCUUCUGGAUGGAGUACACCGACUUCAUAAAGUACUUUGACUCGGUGGACAUCUGUAAGAUCCACUCAGACUGGCAAGAGGUCAGGCUACAGGGCUGCUUCCCCAGCAAGGCCAGCGGGCCGGUCACCGUCACUGCCCUCACUGUGCUGGAGAGGACGGCACUGGAGUUUGCUCUCUUCCAGGAGGGAAGCAGGCGUUCAGACACAGCCGACAGCCACCUGCUGGACCUGUGCAUCAUGGUGUUUCGCGCCUCCUUCGGCAGCGGCAACAAGCUGACCCUGGGCCGCCUGUUGGCCCACAGCAAGCGAGCGGUGAAGAAGUUUGUUGGCUGCGAUGUGAUGCUGGAGCCGGGGGAGUAUGCUGUUGUCUGCUGCGCCUUCAACCACUGGCAGAUGAAUGUCAGCGGCACUGGAGGUCCAGCUACACCCAUCUCCAGCCCUACCAGUGGAGCAGCUCGGCGGCCCAGCCAGGACUUCCCAGGCUACAUCCUCGCCAUCUAUAGCUCCAGGCAGGUGAUGGUGGAGCAGGUGGAGGCGACCGCUACCACGCUAGCCGACGCCAUCAUCCUCCUUACGGAAAACAAAGGGGAAAGACACGAGGGCCGCGAAGGCAUGACGUGCUACUACCUGACCCACGGCUGGGCGGGGCUCAUCGUGGUGGUGGAGAACCGCCACCCCAAAUACUACCUCCACGUCUCCUGUGACUGCACUGACAGCUUCAAUGUGGUGUCCACACGCGGCAGCCUCAAGACCAUUGACAGUGUACCGCCUCUGCACAGGCAGGUGCUGGUUGUGCUUUCGCAGCUGGAAGGAAACGCUGGUUUCUCCAUCACACACCGCCUGGCUCACCGCAAGGCAGCCCAGGCCUCUUUGGGAGACUGGACCCCCACUAAAGCCACCCACAGCCCGCAGCUCACCCCGGACAUUGAUGGCCUGCACCGGCCCCGGCCUCUAUGACCACCGCCCACUUCAUCCCGUACAAACGCAGACUCUAAUCCAAUGAACUGUCAGACCACUGGAAAACCAGGCCAGGGUGGGCAAGCGGUGUGUGCAGCCCUAAAACAUAGAGAAAGAUGUGUACGUGUGUGUCUUUUUUUUGGAUGAACACACACCUGAAUGUAUAGCAUGAAUGGGCAGCAUUUAUGUGCUCCCCUCCCAAUGCUCCAUAAAUGCUGAAAGUUUUCAUCCGGCCCUCACACGCUCUGUCCCUUGCCAAGUGGAUGUGCCAUGUCAGGAUGAAAUGAGGGAAGCAGGCCACGUGGAGUGACCAAGACAUACUCACAAAACAAUUCUUCACCCGGGCGUCUAACAGGAUCCAGUUCAGACUACUUUAAAUUCUGGAGGGUUUUUUUUUUAUACAAGCGCUGUAUGUGGAACAGAUGUCAGGCCCUCGGUUUCAUACGCUUGGAGGUGACCCUGUUUUCGGUGAGCUUCACAGAAGCCAGGGCGGUGUGCUGUAACUACUGAGCCAUUUGCCGGCCCUCAACCUAUGAGCCAAUCACCUGCAAACGAUCGGACACCCCCCUCCCCCACCCACCCACAAUGUCGUGCACAAACAUGGCAAACAAAGUGGGACACUUCAGGGGAGGUUUAUCUCACCCAGCCCUCAACACGGUACUCAAUGAGCCAAACUCAACUUGUUCUAGUUUUACUCGUAGUCAUACAUUUUUAUUUUUAUUUGAGAUAAUACACUUGUCAGUAUCGGUCUUACUUGUUUUUUACAUGACCGUUGUUGCUGUCUUGUCCAUAUUUGUGUGUUUGAAGUCGUAGGAAAAGCCAUUCAUUCAUCCAGUACUGUGUGUCUCCACCCUCCAUCAUCACCGCAGUGCUGUCUAGCGCUCACUAGCUCAGGACCAAACUCAUGAUUUGUACAGUAAGCUGGAGUCAAGCAAAACCUCAAGCUGAUUCAGUGACAGGUGUGUGGUAGCUGGAAUAGCAUCUCUCUGUAUCUCUGUAGUUCGUAGACAUUUUACUGGUCAGACUAACAUACAAAUUUGGCUUUUUUUUCCCCUACAGAGAAACAAUCAUUGUACCUCUUUUUUUUUCCUCUUACUUUCUUUUAAUUAAUUUUCACUCAGUCUCAAUUUGGGGUCUAGAAGCUUCAGGCGAGUCAUUUCACAACCGGCUUUGUAGUUUACCCCUCAGGCGCCCUGAGUUUUCUCAUCCAGUUUAGCAGUCAGUUUAAAUCUGAACACACUAGACGUUACUUGCACUCUUUGAUUGUGACAGCCCAAAUUUUAUGUCUGAUCCUUAUCUGGUACAGAAGGUCAGUGAGUAUUUGUCUAUUUCUCACACUUGAGCAGUUUGCCAGUAUGUCGAUUUACACUGUAGUGUACUUAGGGAGUACUAGAGGAGCUAGUGGCUGUUUGAACACUCAGUUUGCCAUAGGGGAGCUCUUAAGAGGAGCUGCCGAGUUUACUCUGGGAGGUCAGGGACCACUUUUGUUUGCUUGGGUGCGGCGCGAGCAUCUGGGCCAUCCUCCCGCAAGAAUACACCGACAGCACAUUAGCGACAGCACAGAGUCCUCGUGUAAUAACAAAUUACCAUUUUGUCAGACUGCGUGCGCACAUAACAAGAGAGAGAAGGGACCCCGGAGACAUGUUGUGACACAGAAAAGAGUUUAGCUCUCUCCGAAUUUUAGCUGCAUUGUUUCAAAGGAUGCCGUUGCCCACAGCUGUCUCACGCAGGUCCUCUUUCAGGGCCCCCGCCCGCUCAUUCAAUUCCAAUUCCUCCACUGUCAAAACCAGUACUCCUCUUUCACUAAGGAUCUUUCAGCCCUCACCAUGGCAACAUAGAUGUUUUAUUAGAGAGGGGGAAGACUAAUGCGGUACUAUAGUAACAAGUUGAUGUCUUACUAUUAUGUGGUGAAAAUGGGGAAAAAAACUUGAAAGCUGAUAGAAGAAAUUAUUUUGUGUUUUUUAUCAGUAACAAUUUGAAUCAGAAUAUUGAAGUUCCUCUUUGAGAUGAUUCAGUAAAACAAGUGCUGAACCGUGCAUCAUCUCGUGAGCAUCGUCCCUUUUGUUGGUAUUGUCAACACUGAUGGUCAGUGGCAGCACUGCGUCCCGAUGCUUUGCUGUCUUACUUACUCUGCACAAACCACGUCUGCCAGUGCUGGUAGGCUAAACUUCAUGUCAUCUUCAGGACAAUUUGUAAGAAAACUGCUACAGCAGGCAGCGUAAUGUUUCUUUAAAAAGAAACCUGAAGCUGAAGUAAGUGUAAAUAUGUUUUCCAAAGAAACAUAAUGUGUAAUGACCACUUUCAGAUGUCUGUUUGCCCUGUGAGUGUGAGUGGGUGCGUGCGUCAUUGCAGCCAAGCCGCUGUGAAUAUAGUGUCUAAUUUAUUUGUGUAAGUGAUUUGCAGGCCUGUUGUCUAAUGAAUACUGUUGAUUACUGAGCUGAUGAAUGACAGAUAAAGGAAUGUGAUAAUUUAAGGCUUUAGUUUGAGUCCAGAGGGAUUAGCUUGAUGUGAAAUGAACCAACCUGCACUGAAACACCUGCAAAGACAAGGCACCUCAAAAUUCAGUGUCACCGCUGGAUCACUUUACAUUUACAUGAGAUUGCUUUUUCGUUUUAUACUUGUUUUUGUCAUAAUUGUCAUUUUUUGGCUCUUGCUUGUGUCCUGUGAACCCACUCCUCUUCUGUUGAGUUGUGGUGGGGACACUUCUGUGCUUCAGGGGCGCCCCCUGCUGCUGAAGAGGCUGCAGCCAAGGAAAAGCUGGUUCCUUGAAAAGAGCAACCAACACAACGCCUUUUCUCUCCUCUCCUUUGAAUCAUUGGUUUCUUCCUUGUAAAUUGUACAGACUGCAAACCUAAGCCACACAAAAGAUACAAAAAUGUGGGGGAAAAAAAUCAACACCCUUUUGAACUUGUAAAAACUAUAAAGUAUAAUAAUAGAAACAAACAAAAAAAAAAGAAACCUAAUGCUGAAAAAAUGGAUCUCUGAUGAAUGUGAGAUAUAUUUUAUUGAUCUUUUCUGGGGGAGGGAUAUGAGUAUAUGUGUACAAACAUAUGUAUGUUUAAUUUUCAAUCUCAGGUUCCAAUGGACCAAAUAAAUUUUUUUUAAAUUAAA